AUGAAAAAUAUUAUUGGUCAUGUUUUUUAUCAAUUAGCUAUUAUAUUUUUCAUUUUAUUUGCUGGAUCCAAAGUAUUUGAUAUUGAUGCUGAUCGUCCAGUUGAUAGUAUAGUUGAACCAUCUAAACAUUUUACAAUGAUAUUUAAUGUAUUUGUCUUAAUGACUUUAUUUAAUGAAAUAAAUUGUCGAAAAAUUCACGAUGAAAAAAAUGUUUUUCGUGGAAUAUUUACAAAUUCAACUUUUUGUGAUAUAUGGAUUGUUACAUUUAUUGUACAAAUUAUUAUUGCUCAAUAUGGUUCAUUUGUAUUUUCUUGUGUUGCAUUAACAUUGGAACAAUGGAUGUGGUGUCUUUUUUUUGGAGUUUCAGUUCUUCUAUGGCAUCAAGUGAUUAAUUUGAUUCCGGUGACACGUCAUAUACCGAAAUUGGGUGUAGAUGAUGUUGAUGAAUUAGCAUUAUCUGUUGACUUAGGUCCAGAAGAACCGUCAAGACUAGGAGCAAGUUUAACAUAA